AUGUCAACAGAAAUAAAAAUUCCUAUAAAAAGUCAAAUUCAAGCUAAAAUUUCUGACAAUAAAAAAACAACACGAAAAGAAGUUAUUGAAAUGUUAAAAAUUGGCGAAAUACUUCGCGAAAGGUAUAUAAUCGAGAAAAAAUUGGGUCGCAGUAAUUACAAUCAAAUUUAUCGUGCCUAUGAUAAUGUUAAAUCACGACCUGUGGCAGUAAAAAUUGCAACACCUAAAUUGGAUCCAAGACGAAUGAAAAUUGAACAAAUGGUUUUAACUUUAUUACGCGGAAAGAAUCAUUUCGUGACAUUAAUUAGUAUGGGACAAAUUCAUGAUGUGCCAUAUCUUGUUAUGGACCUUGUUGGCCGUAACUUGGCUGAUAUACGUGGACUAUAUCCACCUAAACAAUUUCAACCAAUUACUGUUUAUCGAAUAUCCAUGCAAGUUAUAAGUGCAUUACGUGACAUGCAUACUGCAGGUUUUUUGCAUCGUAACAUUAAACCAUCAAAUAUUUGCAUUGGUAGAGGUGCACAAAAACGAGUAAUUUAUCUUCUUGAUCAUGGUAUGGCACGAAUGUUUACCGAAAUAGACGGUAGAAUUCGGAAGCCACGUGAUCAUGCAGGUUUUCGGGGUACGCUGCGUUACGUAUCAUUAACAGUGCAUUCACGUGCUGAAAGAACUCCUCGUGAUGAUCUAAUUGCAUGGUUUUAUUCAAUGAUUGAAUUAAUCAAUGGAAAGUUACCAUGGAGCAAUUUGAUUGCAGCAAAAGAUAUCGAAGAAGCAAAAAGGAAUGAAACAUUCGAAAAUUUAUGCAAAGAUCAACCAAAUAUAUCAUUGGAAUUUGCUAAAUAUAUAUUAUCAUUAGAUACUACUAUUAUACCAAAUUAUCAAGAAUUAAUUGCAAUAUUUAAAAUGGUUAAGUUAAAAGAUGAUUUGCCAUUCGAAUGGGAAAUGCAUAAAUCAAAUAAAAUGAAGAAAAUGAUAAGAGAAAGCGCAAAUGUCAUCGAUGAAAAAGUAACAAUGGGACAGAAAUUAACAAAAGUGAGAAAGUCUAAAAAAGAGCAAAAAGUGAAAGAAAAGUGA